AUGUCAGAAACUAUUGUAACCCAUUCCCCUUGUUUCACAUUUCCACUGCAAUCAUUUAUUGAAGCAAAAGUUUCAUUUAAUAAACGAAGUAGCACUCAUAAACUACAUUUGCCAGCUCCUUCUCCAAAGUGUUUAUGGAAUAUACCAGCACCAGAUUUCAGUUUAUACAAAUGGGAACCGAAUCCCCCUAAGAGAAACAGUCGUCAAUCGAUAAAACCUGAAAGAAUUAAAACUGUGAAACAGAAAAACGACAGUGAUGAUAAUAAGAUUACAGAAUCAACUGGGGAACAUGAUAAAGAGACAAUCCCUAGAUUAAAAUUUGUCAGAUCUAUGAGACCUUACACAGCCAAAAUUUUAUUUGUCAAAUCUGGGUCGUUUAAACCAGGUCCGUACAUAAUGCCCAAACCACAUGACCAUCGAGGAGUAAGUUUUUCUUUAGAAUUAUGUUUUGGGAAGUGA